AUGUAUGCGUUCUUCUCGAGCGUAUCUGUUCCCCACGAGCACAGGGAUGGAGGGACGGCUCCAGCUCGGCGUACUACCUCGCAGUCAAGGACGGGCCGCCGUUUUCACCGACCAGUCCUCCUUCAACUUUCGUUGGAUCGCUAUUUCAGUACCUCAAGUACCAAAGUGCUGCCAGCCCACUGUUUCGUCAACGACAUACCGCUCGAGCUACUCGUGGAGAUCUUGGUACUCGUGUCCUAUGAUACUACUCACACUGAACGACGCCAUCGUGAUCCGCUCACGCUCCCGGAUACCGAUGGGGAUAGCGACGGCGCCACUGCUGUCGGCGCAUCAUGCAUAGCCGGCCUCCGCUUUGAAAGGGUUUGCGAGACGCAUUGUCAUUCUAUUGCUUGGAAUUGGCUUGAAGUCACCCGCGUGUGUAAGACGUGGCACCGCGCCGCGCAUUCAUCCGCCGAGUUUUGGUCUCGCGUCCCGCUUCAGACGUCGGACGCACUAUCGCGCUCCUUGGAGCUUUCGGGCGUCGUCCCAUUACGGCUCCACGUCGUCUUUGAUGAGAACUGGAAGGCACAGCAACGCCUGACUACUUUCCUCGACUCGCAAUUGUAUCGUAUCGGCGAAUUGUUCGUGUCCUGGACAAGCCCCAGAGAAAGUCGGUGGCCUGAGAUCGGGGAUCAUCUUCGUAGUGAAGCUCCGCAGCUACGAUCUUUGCGUCUGCAUACACAGAUACACUGUGCAGCAUGGGCACAUGGUUUGCUGGGCGACACGCCGCCGCCCAACCUGCAAGAGGUCGAGCUCAUUGGGGUCUCCCUUCCGAAAGUCGCCGGUUGUGCGAGCAUACUAGCCCCUACGCUCGUAAGCCUCGCUCUUGUAGGAUGUGCAUUCGAGUCAGGGCUUUUUGCGUUCGAGGGUGACGACCCUGCGGACGAAGCCCUCGUCGCGGAGCUCCUGAGCAGUCAAACCUUCUUUGAAGCUCUGGCCAUGAUGCCUCUGCUCGAGUCGCUUUCCAUCGUCGACACACGGAUGCCGAUAGGUGUUAGACAUAAGCACUUCACACCUCCUGCGCGACCAGUCAGUCUACCCCAUCUACGCGAACUCAAGCUCGAAAGCACUGUGCGCGUUCUGACGCGUAUGCUGGUGAAUAUCGCAAUACCGGCCGAUGCGUCUCUCGAUCUGUGUUUCCAACACCAAUACCAUCGCUUUCGCACCGACCCGUUCAUAGAUAUGCCCGGAUUCCGCACCUUCUUCAAGGACCGUUUCAGGGAUGCCGUCCAGUACCACGACACGUACUACUCCAGCACCUCGAUGGACUUCUCCGUCAAGAGUGGGAGAUACGCGGCACAUCAAGUCGAAUACGUCUUCGCCGCUCCUCGCAAUGUGGCAAGUGCCCACGCAGUGCCCUCGAAAGUUAGAUUAGGACACGUCUGGGACUGGGAGGCACAAUACGUUCUGGACAUCUGCGCGUUCGCCACCUCGUUGUGCGAGCUCGUUCCUCAUAAUGGCUCUGAACUGUUUUUGGAGGUCGAGCAGACGGAGCCGAUCUACGACUUUAACGGCAGGCAGCUUCCACAGCAGUGGUAUUGGCCCGCGGCUGUCAUGGACAAUCUGAAGUCCUUGAAUCUUCGUGGGUACGCCGCUACGGUGUUUGUCGAAUGGGUAGUUGGUCAUGAUACGCUACCGCGCCACAAAGCAGGGCAUGAAGCGCCUUCUAUGCGCUAUCCGAAGUUGAGCGCUCUCAGGCUCUUCGGUAGUUGUCGGAUCACACGAGACUCGAUACUGCCGCUCAUAUUGCAGUUACUGGAGCACCAUCAUUUCGAAGUGGCUGUAAGAGACUGCUCCAUUGCAGCCGAUGCUUACUACUGCCUGAGAGAUGUACUGGGUGAUAAGUUGAAGUGUGACAGUGCGGACACGGGGAGCCGUUUCGGCAACUUGUCAACAUGGGUGCAAGUUGAGCGGCGCAUUUAG